AUGGCUGAACCCUUCCCAACCCCGACGACGACGCCGAAGCGCAAGAGAGACGAAGACGCCCCGCCGGUGUCGCCGAUAUACACAACCUCCAGAUUCAGCUUCCAGCUGUCUGCCGACCACCCCAAGAGCAGCGACGCAGAAGACGGCAGCGCGAGCCCGCACAGCAAGGUUGUUCACAAGUUCCGUGGUCUGGCGUUGGGUGGGAAUAGUGGUGGGGGCGGGGUAGCCCAGCAACAGAACCGAGCUGCUGCUGCUGGACCCGGCAGCGCCGCAUAUGACCCGACGCGCGACGAGCACAAGGACGGCAGGGGGUACGGAUAUUCUGACGACGACCCGUUUGCCAGCCGCAAGAGAAUCAAGGUCCCCGAACUGGAGAUGACGGACGUUGAGGGCGACAAUACCACCGCCGCGAUCGCUACCGCUACCACUGCUGCAGACGCAUUGGUCGUCAUUCCGGACCCUGAUGUUAAGAGCGAUCCGCCUUCGCUCGACAAACUACAAGAUCCGAAAGCACGAGGACGGAGACGCGCCGGCACACCACCGCUCAAGGGCCGCAAGGGAACCAACAAGACCAACGCGGCAUCUGCCACUGCUGGACUGCAGCAACAACAAGAAGACCAGGAGAUGAAGACGAUUGUGGAUCCGGUCAGGGCUGCGCUCACCUGGAAGGAGGAAGAGAUUACGAUUUACGACCCAGAAGACAAGGACGACGACGGCACAGGCAUUAAUGGGGUCGGGUUCAUGCCCACAGCUGCGAUGGCAUAUGCACGAACACAAAAGCGCCGGCUGCAGCUGGCCGAGUACAAGAAGAGGGAGGAGAGCGAGGCGAGGGCCAGAAGAAGUCAGCGGAGACGAGGAAGCGGCGCUGGUCUUCCUUCCAAGCCUUCCGCUGGCGGCAGCGGCGGCGGCGUGCGAAAGGUGCGCUUCACCGAAUCGGAAGCCAGUACAGUUGUGACGAACGUCUAA